AUGGGUGAACAGGCACCGGUGCAUAUCCGUCCAUCAUCACAUCAGGACUCAGGUCACCAGACGGCUCUGCACCGGAGCGCCAUGGUGGGGAACAGCACCGCCAUUGCCGCUCUGGUUAAAGGCGGCUGUGCGUUGGACCUGAAGGACAGAGAUGGAAACACGGCGCUGCACGAAGCCUCCUGGCACGGAUUCUCCCAGUGUGUGAAGCUGCUGGUCAAAGCUGGAGCCGAUGUUCAGAUCAGGAACAAGGCUGGAAACACGGCGCUUCACUUGGCUUGUCAGAACGCACACGCUCAGACCGCUCGACUUCUCCUGCUUGGAGGAUCCAGUCCAGACACCAAGAACAAUAUGGGCGACACCUGCUUGCAUGUCGCCGCACGUUACAACAACCAGACCCUGGUGAAGAUCCUGCUGAAGUCUCAGUGCUCUCUGAUGGAGACGAACCAGGGAGGUGACACCGCUCUCCAUGUGGCCGCUACUCUCAACCAUAAGAAAACAGUUCAGCUCUUACUGGAAGCAGGGGCUGAUGGGAAAAUCAAAAACAAGGCAGGGAAAUCAGCUCUUGACAAGGCCAGAGACAACAAUCACAGAGAGGUGGCGCUGCUCCUGGCAAGAUCCUCUCAGGUUCAUCGCUUUCUGAGAGGAAGAACAAUUAUAAAACGAAAGAAAAGGCUGGCAGCAGAUCACAGGACUCAGACGCUUCCAAACAAAGUAAGAAAGGCAAAACGAAAACUCUCCAGUGACGAACGCUCUGCGGUGGAGAAAACUCCAAACGGUGGGCAAGUAGACAGCCGAACGGCAGCGAAAGCCAGAGCUCAUCGGCAACACCUGCAGCAUCACGUUUACCUCAAGACGCCCGCCAGCCGCCUCUACGGCCGAGCCAGAGAGAGGAGAGUCAGGGAGCAGCUGGUUUCAAAUGACUCCCCUAAAGGCCAGAAUGAUUCCCACGUUCUGAAGGACCUGCUGUGUGAUGAUGGAGGAGACCGGUCCACUGUGACGGGAAAAACCUAUCAGCUUUAUACACUGUACCGGGACCGGGAGGGAAAAGUCAAACAGGCGCCAGCCAGCGGGUGCCACUGUAAGUCCGUGCUGAAGAAGCUGGAGGAGCAGGUCAAAGCCACGCAGGGAGAGAUGAGGCUCCACAUCCUCAAUGUCCAGGAGGAGGUCAACAGUCGGCUGGGAAAAAUAGACCGCCGGAACCGGCACCAGAUUAAAGUGCUGGACAUGCUGAACCAGGAAAGAGUGGCAGAAGAGAGGAGGAACAUGCUCUACAGGAUGGAGCAGAAAGCUGCUCAGGUCGGGCAGGAGGCCCUGUUGAAGCAGCAGGCAGCAGUGAGACAUGAACUGAAGAAGUGGUGUGUGUCUCAGGUCAACGACUUGGACGUCCACAUCUCGGCCGAAGCCCAGUACUACAAGCUCCUUCCCUCGCCGUCAAUGGAGCGCUCUGUGGCCGAGGCCGAGCUCGAAUCCCUCCCCCUGCUGUCUGUGUUCUCUGGCGACAGCAGCGCUUCGCUGGCGACCUACGUUAACAUCCUGCCGUCCAAAUCCAGCCACAGUCUGAGGGGCCCGGAGCAGGAGCAGACACCCAGCGGGACGUAUUUUGAAAUGAAAGUGGACAGGUCUCCAGAUGACUAUGAGAACACAGCCUUGUUCCCAAUGCCUGCCAAAGGCUCGUCAGGUCUCAUGCAGGAAUAUACUGACCCCCCAUGGCAGAGUCCAGGAGUGCAGGGCAACCCCAUGGCAGCAGUGCUUCCUCUGUUCGAGGAGGGAUUCUCCAGCAGCAGCAGCCAGUCCAGCAUCGGGGGUCUGGGGCCCCAGAUGGUCCCAGCGCAGCAGCAGAGCUGUGGCACAAAGAGCAGGAGACACUUCAGAGGGGUGAGGAUGCGAAGCUGCAGGCGCUCAGGGAUACGUGCUGAUGAUACCACGACGCUGGAGUUCUUCAUCGACCGUCCCUCUGAACCCACCUUCAGCCAGGAGAGGAACAGCCUGCAUGCUAUGGAGGUGACGCAGUGCUUCUUUGAGACGGUGUCCACUCAGCUGGAGCGCUGGUGUCAGAGGAAGAUCCUGGAAGUGGAGCAGCAGGCUGAACUCAGAGCCCAGCAGGACAGGGAGGAGCUGCUGCAGCGGAUUGGCUCUCUGGAGGAGGAACUUCAACGGCUGAAGACCAGCGAGAACAUGGACAGUGUUCACAUCGACAACGAUCAAUGCAGCGAGGACUCUAAAAACUGA